AUGGUGGCCUCGGUGGCCAUGGUCGUGUCAUGGUGGCCUCGUGUCAUGGUGGCCUCGUGUCAUGGUGGCCCUCGUCUCAUGGCCUCGUGCAUGGUGGCCUCGUGUCAUGGUAGCCCUGUCAUGGUGGCCUCGUGUGUCAUGGUGGCCUCGUGGCAUGGUGGCCUCGUGUCAUGGUGGCCUCGUGGCAUACUGGCCUCAAUGUCCCGGCCGCCGCCGUCGUCCCGCCGCCGCCGCCGUCAUCCCCCGCCGUCCCGUCACCGUCCCAUCGCCGUCCCCCGCCGUCCCCGCCGUCGUCCCCGUCGCCGCCGCCGUCGUCCCCGCCGUCCCCACCGUCGUCCCCGCCGUCGCCGUCGCCGUCCCCGUCGCCGCCGCCGUCGUCCCCGCCGUCCCCCGCCGUCACCGCCGCCGUCCCCACCACCGUCGUCGCUGCCGCCCCGUCGCCGCCGCCAUCGUCCCCGCCGCGUCGUCCCCACGUCGUCCCCCGUCGCCGUCCCUGCCGCCGCCGUCGCCCCCGUCGCCGCCGCCGUCGUCCCCGCCGUCCCCGUCGCCGUCCCCGUCGCCGUCCCUGCCGCCGUCGCCGCCGCCGUCGUCCCCGUCGCCGCCGCCGUCGUCCCCGUCGCCGCCGCCGUCGUCCCCGUCGCCGCCGCCGUCGUCGCCGCCGCCGUAAAGGAGUAA